AUGCCGGUGUGCGGGGCGGCGGCGGGGGAGCGCGCGGCGGCGGCGGCGGCGGAGAAGAAGCCGCGGCGGCCGGGGGGUGCCGUGGCCGGUGCGGGUGCGGGGAGCGGCGGCGGGGGGGGCGUGCGCGCGGUGGAGCUGGCGGAGGCGCGGCGGCGGCUGUUGGAGGUGGAGGCGCGGCGGCGGCUGGUGGCGGAGCUGGAGGGGCGCGUGCAGCAGCUGCACCGCGCGCUGGUGUCGGCCGAGCUGCGGCUGGCGGGGCGCGCCGAGAGCCUGGGCCGGCUGGGCGGCGGCGCGGCGCAGGCCGAGCUGUUCGCGGCGGCGCACGGGCAGCGCCUCAAGAAGCAGCUGCGGCGCUGCAAGAAGGGCCGCCCGCCCGCCCUGCUCGCCUCCGCCCUGGCGCUCGGCAGCUGCGUGCCCUGGGCCGCCGGCAAGCUGCGCCGCGGCCGGCCCGACCCGCCCGACUCGCCCCGGCGGCGCGGCCUGGCCCCCGCCUAGCCCCAGGACCCUCGACGCGUCCCGCUCCCCCGGCCCGCUCCCUGUGCUGUGCUGUGCUGUGCUGUGCUGGCCGGGCUCGCGCGGCCGGAGCGGAGCGGCACGGUGGCGCUGCGCUGGACCACCACCGCAAGCGGGGGCGAUGGCCGGGGUGACGCGCCGGGCUCCCUCGCAGCGACUCCGCUUCGAUGCCAGGCUGGGGACAGAGAAAGGGCGACGUGCGACCUCCUCCCCCGGCUGACGCUGACACUCGGGCGCGCACGAGGAACUGCGGAAACUACGAAGGGAAGCGAUUGCUUUUCUUAACCAGGCCUUCAGCGUGGCGGGACUCCUGAGAGGAGAGCUCGUUCCUUUAUUCGUUUCUUAAAACUUGAAGAUUUUUUUUUUUUUGAUCGCACUGACUCACGAAUGUAUGCAGAGACUACCUUCACGGCGAGACAGCGGGUCUGUUCUGUAACCCUCGCCCCUCCGGCGCUAACGGCGGCUGGGUCCGGCGCUGCGGCAGCAGCAGGACUGACUGAACGUACGGAGCGGGCGCUUUCUGGAAGGCGGGAUACACGGGAAUAAACAUCUCUAUUUUA